AUGGCAUCCCACACUACCCUCGACAGCCCCGACUACUCUGAACUCGCCUUGAUCGCUACUCUUCCCAUCGAGCGGGCCCUGCAGAAGCGAUGCUCGAUGAGGAACAUGCAGCUCCAACGGGUUUCACUGGACCCCAAACCGACGCGAACGUUUAUAUGUGGGGUCACGUGGGAGAGCACAACAUCUCUACGGGACCACCUCGGCUGCGACCACGGCCUGCUUGCCUCUCUGCCAUCCAUUCUCGUUGAUUUUUUGGUCGGCAUAGGCGGCGGCAUCGCUCGACCGGACGACGACCACGAUAUCCGGCUAGGUGACGUUGUCGUGAGCCAGCCCUGUGGGACCACGGGCGGCGUCUCUCAGUACGACUUGAUCAAGGCAAAGUCUGGUGACAAGCGCCUACCACGAGCGGAAAGACUCCAUGGUUCCCUUCUCAUUUCAAAAAUUGCUGGAGAAGAACCCGAAGAUGGGCAAGAGAUCCAAGCAAAAGGCUUCGACAACGACCGCCUCUUCAAAGCUCCAUGCGACCACAUCCCCGGCCCGGACUGUCGGGGCUGUGACACGGCUGAUGAGAUUCAACGCGAUACUCAAGACACCAUCGAUCCCGAUAUCCACUAUGGGACUAUCGUAUCCGGCAACAUACUCGCCAAAGACGCUGCUGCUCGCGAUCGGAUUGUUGCUGACCUCGACGAGGAUUGCAUCUGCUUUGAGAUGGAAGCAGCCGGGCUGAUGAACCACUUUCCCUGUCUUGUGGUCCGAGGGAUCUGCGACUACACCGAUUCUCACAAGAACGAUCGAUGGCAACGCUACGCCUCGGCGACCGCCGCUGCGUAUACAAAGGAGCUUCUGACGUACGUGCCGGCUGCAGAGGUCAAAGAGACCAAGAGAGCACUGGAAGUGCUUCAGCUAGGUUAG